AUAACUCAUGCUACUGACAUUGUUGUUGAUAGUAUCGAAUCAACAUAGAUUUUUGUUCCAGCUCUAGCGGUUACAGUGAGAUUUAGCAAUUCGGUUUAUUUAUAACGAAAAAGCGAUGAUGCUGUAAUAUUUGGACCCUCAAGCGGUGGUUCAAAAGUCCGAUGAGCACCACUGGCGCUAUACGCCAGUCGAUCAGAGGCGCUAGGACUCAGGACACAGCCGCAUUUCGGCCGGAGACGGAGGAACACGGACGAUAUUCAGGAGACGAGGCAGUAGUAGGAAUAAAUUAAGUCUGAUUUUUAGCGAUUUGGAUAUGGAGACUGACUACCAGAACUACGUGGAGUCGCUGUCGGGUGUGUCCUCCGACGAGGACGACUUCUCCACGGUGGACAGCUCGGACGAGUCUUCGGAAGAGCCAGUUCCCACGCCAUCAUCAGUCCCAAGGACACGAAAUCUGGUGCAGAUGCUCUACGACAGAGAGCGUACUGGACACUUCUCAGGCUCCUCCAGGGCUGGCCAAAAGCAACAGCUUCCUUACGUGAGAGUGCCAAAUAGGUUAAAGUUAUAUCUUAAGGAUGUCAUGGCCAGCAAUUUGAUGGAGGGACACAUUUUUAUGGGCCUAACUGCCUGCGGCCAGUACAUGCUCAGCCAUCGGGUGAUGUGCAACGACAGCUCUUCGCUGAACCACUACUCCUUUAACAUGGGCUACAAAUACACUCUGUACUUCUGGCUGUUCCAACCGCACAAGAGGCUACGCCACUUUUUCUCGCGUCGCCUCUUUGACGAUCAUGUGGUGGACAACAUAAAGACUGUAACCAUGACGCAGUGGAAAAACGCGCAGCACCAAAUCCUAGUUGUACACGGCGCAGCCACGGAGGAGGGUGAAGAUAGCUAUAUCACAUAUGUCAAAGUUCCUAAACUGGGUUGCUUGGAGUGCAAGAAACUCAACGACGACGGUCCAUAUUCCUUUUACAAUGCGCACUGCCUGACCUGCCACUUAACAGUGCACACAAAAUACUCUUCGACUGAAACUGAUCCGGCUUUCGAGCCGAAAAUAAAUCUGCUUUGCCCAGAGCGCAUUCUGAUCAUCUCCAAUGGAUUUAUGCACAUGCUGCGCAUCGAUAUGGACACGCCGGCCGUGACCUCGGGGUACCUUCCCCAGCAGCAGAGCCUCAUCUUGCCCAGUCUUCAAGCGCAACCUCAAUCGCAAUCUUUCUUGCUCCCCAGAUCGCUUUUGGCCAGCGAAGAGGAUCGCUCCUCAGCUGCAUUCACAGGUUCCGGAUCGGAGGCAGAGUCUUUAAAUGAACAGAGUGUUGUGGCCCGCAUAAUUGCCGACUUUAGCGAUAUUGAAACCGAGCAGCGCUCUAGUCAACCCGGUCAUAACCAAAAUGAGUCGCAGUCCGGGAGCAACGCUUACUGCUCGCCAAAGGCGUACGAUAAGCUUAUUUUCACGCCACAUUGCAGUCCAACUGUGGUUACGGGCCCUAAUAGUAUGACUCUGCCGGAGACCACGCUGCCGGUCACAAAACCACUUGUCAACGAAUCUAGUCCGCCACGCAGGCGCAACCAUCGGAUAGUCACUAAGUUCCGGAAUGGCAAUACCACCAUCGAUUUGCAGAGCCCUCCCAUUGCCAAUUCGAUGACGGACAAAUCGAAUGCAUAUGAAUUCUCAGAGGACAACGAGAAGUACGAAAAGAUCUCCACUUUCCGAAAGCGACGUUUGGCGGAAAAGAAAUAUGAGUUCUCGGAAGACAACUCGGAAAACAUCAUACCUUUUACCAAGGUGCGAUUGGCGGGUAGGGCUUUCAACGCGUCCACUGCCAGCACAACGACUCGCAGCUUCCAUCGUUUUUCGCCCACGGCACACUUCUUUCACAACUCGCCCUGUGCUUCGCCCUCCUCUUCGCCACAUCCCUCCCAGCCGGCACAGACUCCUCCGCAUCUGGGAUUCCGUUCACCACCGUCCACUUCCAUGCUAAUGCGUUCGCCAAGCCGGAAUGCAAACUCGGCUCAGAUGUUCAACCAGAAAUCGCCACCAUUAUCGCAGGCCACACAGCAAAUGCUUAGUUACAAGCCAGUGGGUCCGCUGGGAGCACUCUCUCCACUCCAGAUGUCGUUGGCCAAGCGUUUCGAUAUGGGUGGCUCCAUGUCCCCAAACGCCGGUUUGAGCUUCCUGUCACCGCGUCGCGAUGAGCCACGAAUUGUGGAGAUGCCUGUGCAGGGCGGUGUAAUGCCAGAGAAGCCUGUGUGCACAAAGAAGCUAAGAAGACGCUAUGUAGAGGAGGACGAUGCAACCUCCGUCAUCACCAGCGAAGAGGACGACUGCAUAUCACCGGGCUAUCACACAUCGCUGCCAAUGGAAGUGCACGGCUCAUGUUACUCGGAGAUGCAAAUGAUUUCACAGGCGUCGUAUCAGCGGCUGCGCUGUAGUAGCGUGGUAAUCACCCAGCACUCGUUUGAUCUGGAGACCUUCACGUACUACGUGAUCAGCCUUCUGUGCCAGAAGCAUCAGAAGAUCUACAACGUGUUCUACGACUGGGCGUACGAGGUGAUCAGCGUGUGUCCACUUAGUCAGACUAUCGCCUGCAUGCUGACGGCCCAAUUCUCGGCGCGGGAUCAGCCGCUGGUGAUUUGCUUGCACUGCACGGGCCGAAUGGACUGUGUUUUUCACAACAGGCAGUACGAAAGCCGCAUCUUGUUCACCUGGAAUAUGGAGAGCGGUCAAUGGCUGGUGCUCGAUUAUGGUGAACUGAAAGAGGUACACGAGCAGUUCAACCCACUAAAGCGGCUUGGCAAGGCACGUCUCACGUUUGCCCAGAUGGCCAAGAAGAUGGGUAAGGAGAUGGCCGUCGGCUUGGGUCGAAACCUGCCCGACUACACCUCUAAUCUCCGCGUGCUCAACUCGGAUAUCCGAAAGUCCAAGAUGUUCAUCAGUGAUCUCGACAACAUGGUGGAGUUCCACUUAAAGCGCACACACCACGAGACGCUGUGAGCGUAUUUUUCAGUUUACCCAAAUACACAGACAGCCUGGUAAAAAAUAAUAUUAUCGAAAAGCUGCAAAUAUUUAAACAGUACCAAUCUUUAAAACCCUUAAAGCAAACUUUUUGGUAAACGAAUUCGAAAUAUUACAGUUUUUACAUAAGGGAAACCAUACAUUUAAGCAGUUUUUAGUUUGCAAAACUCGCUAAGGUUGCGUGCAUCUAGUUCAGUUCUAAACACAAAAAACGUGUGCUGUAUUUAGUAUUUAGUUACCUAUACCUUACUUAGAGCAACGAAACGCUUUUCAAAAACAUGAAACGCGUCCUUAUUUCGACUGAAGUCAUUUAAGUAAUCUAAAACUUAGUUUUAAGACACGGAGCUUGACAUCUAACCUGCUCAUACCUCCACAUACAUAUACGUACAUAUACUUUUGAUAUUCGAAAUUUCGAUUCAACUAUUAGAUCUAAUAUUAGUUAGCAAUAUCUUUUGAACUGCGGUACGAGUAAUUUACGUACCGAUUUAAUUAGUUCCAUGCUUCACUGAAGGAGCAUGUGGAAAAUAUACAUAUGUAAUCAUGCCUAGGAACUACGUUUCAAGAUAUUAAACAUAAGAAAUACAAUUCAUGAUAUUGUUCAGGAAGUCUCCAGUCCUCUAAAGUGCUGGCAAAUAUAAGGCAAAUCAGUUACUUAA